AUGAGAGAAGUUAUCAGUGUUAACGUCGGUCAAGCUGGUUGUCAAAUUGGUAACGCUUGUUGGGAAUUAUACUCCCUAGAGCAUGGUAUUGCUCCAGAUGGUUAUUUACAAGAUGGUUUGAAGAAACCUACAGGUGGCGAAGAAGGUUUUUCUACAUUCUUCAAUGAGACUGGUAGUGGUAAGUUUGUGCCCCGUGCUGUUUAUGUUGACUUGGAACCAAAUGUGAUUGAUGAGGUUCGUACAGGUGCAUACAGAGACUUUUUCCACCCAGAACAAUUGAUUAGCGGCAAAGAAGAUGCUGCUAAUAAUUAUGCUCGUGGUCAUUACACUGUCGGUAGAGAACUAUUGGAUGAGAUUCUGGACAGAGUAAGAAAGAUUUCUGACCAAUGUGAUGGAUUACAAGGGUUCUUGUUCACCCAUUCCUUGGGUGGUGGUACUGGUUCUGGUUUAGGUUCUUUAUUAUUGGAACACUUGUCCCUAGAUUAUGGUAAGAAGUCAAAGCUUGAAUUUGCUGUAUACCCAGCUCCUCAAGUUUCCACCUCUGUGGUAGAACCAUACAAUACUGUGUUGACCACUCACACUACCUUAGAACACGCAGACUAUAUCCAAAGACCAAGUUUCUCCAACUUGAACAACUUAAUUGCCCAAGUUGUUUCUUCUGUGACUGCCUCUUUGAGAUUUGACGGUUCUUUGAACGUGGAUUUAAACGAAUUCCAAACCAAUUUAGUUCCAUACCCAAGAAUCCAUUUCCCACUAGUGUCAUAUGCCCCAAUACAUUCCAAGAGUAAAGCCCAUCAUGAAUCUAACUCUGUAUCAGAGAUCACAAAUGCUUGUUUCGAGCCUGGUAACCAAAUGGUUAAGGAUGUUCAAAAUGCUGUUGCUCAAAUCAAGACAAAGAAAACUGUUCAAUUGGUGGAUUGGUGUCCAACCGGUUUCAAGAUUGGUAUUUGCUACCAAGCUCCAACUGCUACACCAAAUUCUCAAUUAUCCGCCGUUAACAGAGCUGUUUGUAUGCUAUCCAACACUACUGCUAUUGCUGAUGCCUGGAAGAGAAUUGAUAAGAAGUUCGAUCUAAUGUACGCAAAGCGUGCUUUCGUUCACUGGUACGUCGGUGAAGGUAUGGAAGAGGGUGAGUUCACUGAAGCUAGAGAGGACUUAGCUGCCUUAGAGAGAGACUACUACGAAGUUGGUGCCGACUCUUAUGCUGACGAAGAAUUCUAA